AUGUUUGGUAAAGGAUUCCGGUUAUUCAGUUACGGAACCGUAAGGAUCCCGAUUGCAUUUGGUGGGUCAUUGAGCUGGUUGGAAUUUAGUCUGAUCGAAUAUGAAGCCAUUUCACUCAUUCUUGCACCCAUUUUAGCCAUUUUACAAGGUCUUCAAGUGUUGCAAGUACAAAAGUGUUAUCAUACUCUUAAUACCAGUCAACCAGAAACAUUCAUCCUCCACUUUACAGGCUUGACAGCGCUUGGUCUAUCAGUUCCAGCAUUUCACAGCUGGAUCAAUUCGACGAUCUCAGCUGAUGCUUCAUGGGAAUCCAUCGAUUACUUAUUAAUUGGCAUAUCCAUAAUGUUCAUGCCUUAUUAUAAAUACUCCGAAAUGUGGCUGCAGCUUAAUCUAACAGCUUAUGAUUUUAUGGUUUUGGAACAAGCCAAAUUUUGGGCUGCAAGUAUCGGGCAGUGGUUCGUGCAAAAUAUGGCGCACGCAACGGUGUUUGCUCUUACUGGGAAAAUUGUGAUGCUGGGCGCUUUGGUGCGAUAUUUCACUGAAAUUAAACGUCUGCAAAGGACUGAUUACAAUGAUCUUUCACCAGCACUAUUUAAUUAAUAACUUAUAUACAUUUAUGCCUUUUCGACUUUUAUAAAUUUCAUCCGCAAAUGUCAAUUGUAUUUACGGUUCGACUUUGGUCUUCGAACCAAAUUUUUCCACCGUAGCCCAGGCAUAUAAUUGUAUAUAACAUUGUUAUGUCUCUAUGAAAGUGUCG